UUGUUCCACCUCCAGAGCUUAACCCCUCUCGGCUGUUGCAUGCAUAUACGCUGGGAUGGGUGGUCCGCUGCUAAACCACCAUCUUUCCUCCGCUCGGGGAAGCGCGCCGCUGCUCCCAGCCCCCGUGGCAGACUGAGGCAAGGCUGGACUAGAGAAGACGAGAGACUGAAUUAUGUUUCUGAGGGAUCUCUGGGUUUCUGCUCAUUGGGCAUGGCAGGGCAUGAGGAAUAUCUUGCUUUUACUUGCGCUCUCAAUGUUACAAACAACUGAUUUGGAAGCCAGGAAAGAUCAUCAAUUUGUCUGGAAAACAGGUCAUUGGGGGCGAUGUAUAGGUGACUGCGGGUCAGGUGGUAUUCGGAGUCGAGCCGUGUGGUGUGUCCAUGUAGAAGGUUGGACAACCCACCAUUCAAACUGUGAACUGAGGGACAAACCUGAAAACCAAAGGAGCUGCUUUCAAGUAUGUGACUGGCACCUUGAACUCUUUGAGUGGGAAGUUUCAGAAUGGCAGAUAUGUGUGCUUGUUCCUUUUGCUCAUGGUGAAGUCAAACCAAGGACUACAGACUGUGUGACUGCACAGCAUGGGCUACAACACAGAAGCGUACAUUGUAUUCAGAAACUGAAUAGAACUAUAGUUGCCAGUGAAAUAUGUGAAUAUUUUAUACCACAGCCACCUGUAGAACAAGCUUGUCUAAUACCUUGUCCACGGGAUUGUGUUGUAUCAGAAUUCUCCAAAUGGUCUGAGUGCAGCAAAGACUGUGUGAGGAGUUUACAACACAGAACUCGUUUUGUUAUCUCUCCUCCACUCUAUGGUGGUUCCAAUUGUCCAAAUCUUACUGAAUCAAGAAUCUGUGAUGUCCCUAUCCCUUGUUCUCUUGGGGAAGAGGAAUACACUUACAGUCUUCAAGUUGGACCUUGGAGUAAAUGCAGGUUGCCUCACCUUAAAGAAGUUAGUCUUAUUGGAAGAACUAUGCUGGAUUUCAGUUCGGAUUCUGCAGAACGAAGCACAUUCAAACUGCACAGUUAUAAAUCCCACCACUAUUCCAAGCCAUGGGAUGUAGAAAUAGGUUAUCAGACAAGGCAAGUUAGGUGUACAAGGAGUGAUGGGAAAAAUGCUAUGCUGAGCCUUUGUAUGCAAGAAACCAUCCCACUGACCUUUCAGUCAUGUGUCAUGCCUAAAGAUUGCGAGACAUCAGUUUGGUCUGUGUGGAGCACCUGCUCGAAGACUUGUCACUCGGGGGAUCUCUCACCAGGAUUCCGAAGCAGACACAGGAGCAUAAAAUACAUUGUAGUAGGAACUGGGAAGGAGUGCCCUGAGCUAGAAGAGAAGGAGGCCUGCAACGUAGGAGGAAAAGAACUUCUCCAUCCGUGCCCCAGGUUUUCAUGGAGGACUUCUGAAUGGAAAGCAUGCCAAGUUACUCUCCUCCUUGAUGGACAGGACCCUCGCCGACAUAAGCACACAGCCCUUUGUGGAGGUGGGAUACAAGUCCGGGAAGUGUACUGUGUCCAAAGUGUGAUAGAAUCUGGGACACACCAAUUAAAGGAAGUCACUAGGCCUGUUGACAAGAAACUAUGUGUUGGCCCUGCUCCCUCUGCCUCCCAGCUGUGCAACGUUCCAUGUUCUUCUGACUGUCUGGUUUCUGCCUGGUCUGCAUGGGGACCCUGUGUUCAUGAGAACUGCCAGGAUCACCAGGGACGAAAAGGAUUUAGAAUGAGACAAAGGCAGGUUAUUAUGGAACCCAUUGGUAUGUCUCAGGGUUGUCCACACUUAGUAGAAUCUAUUCCUUGUGAAGACCCAAUGUGUUACCAGUGGGUCAUUUCCGAAGGAGCCUGUGUACCUGAUCAUGGAAAAUGUGGGCAUGGAAAUCGCAUACUGACAGCCAUAUGCAAGAACAAUAAAGAUGAAGAGGUAUCACAUACCCUUUGCUCAGAGCUUCUCCAUCAUGAAACGAUGGUUUGUGAAGUACCAUGUGCAAUGGACUGUGUCGUUAAUGACUGGUCAGAAUGGUCAUCUUGUUCCCACUCAUGUUCCAGUAAAAAUGCAGAGGGGAAACAAAGCAGAACUAAAUCUAUCCUGGCACUGCCAGGGGAGGGUGGGAAACCCUGUCCUCCUCACCGGGCCCUACAGGAGUAUCGCUUAUGUAAUGAUCACAUUUGCACACAGCUCUAUUGGGAAACAUCUCCGUGGGGUCCUUGUUCUGAAGACACUUUGGUAACUGCCCUCAAUGCUACCAUUAGCUGGAAUGGAGAAGCUACUUGUGGAGUGGGCAUGCAAACAAGGAAGGUCUUUUGUGUGAAGAAUAAUUUUGGCCAGGUUACAAAUAAAAGGUGUCCAGACUCCCUCCGACCUGAAACAGUGCGUCCAUGUCUGCUCCCGUGUAAAAAAGAUUGUGUUGUUACCCCUUUCAGUGAGUGGACACACUGCCCUACAACAUGCCAACAUGACAAUGCUACAGCAAUUAAACAGUUCCGAUAUAGGAUUAUCAUUCAGAACGCUGCCAAUGGGGGACAGGACUGCCCAGACACCUUGUAUGAAGAAAGAGAAUGUGAAGAUAUUCCUGUCUGUCCAGUUUACAGAUGGAAGACCCAUAAAUGGAGUCACUGUAUACUGGUGCCAGAUUCUGUGAGACAGGGCAUAUUGGGAAUCAAUGAAGCAUGUGGCCGUGGUUUGCAGUCGAGAGGUAAGCCUUUCUCCCCCCCCAGAAAGUUUAAUCUAAGAUUUUCAUUAAUUCUCUCUUAUUGAUAGACUGUAGUAUAUUUUAUGUGCUUUCCAUAGUUUGAAAAGUGUAUUUUAAUACAGAAAAUUCACAUUAUUUUCAAAGAGAACCUUUAGCUUUACUGAUGUUGAUGAGCAGACAGUGUAAAUUGCCAGCUGUCAAAUCCCCAUGUUUUGCUUAAAGAUUCUGAAGGAGAUUGUGAACUGAUAUAAUAGUAACUUCCCUUG